UUAGGUGCAGAGCAGUUGCUUACUUGCUUCUAUAUAUAUAUAUUCUAAUCUUUGAAAUUUAACAACUCGUCGUUGAAAGUCGAGAUUGAGACGGAAGAAAUGGAUCGAGAGGAGGUCGAAAUUGAAGGAAAUUCGGAGCCAAACCAACAAUCUUCCGGUCAAAUAUCUCAUUUGGCCUUGGAUAUUGGAGGUUCUUUGAUCAAGUUGGUUUAUUUUUCGAGAAACAACAAUAAUUCAGUGGCCAGUAAAGCUGGCAAUGCAUCUUCAAAUGGUAAUAGCAGAACUCUUGUUGUUGAUGGGCAGAUUCACUUCAAGAGGUUUGAAACAAGCAAAAUAAAUGACUGCAUAGAGUUUAUACACUCCAGGAAACUUCAUCUUGGUGAUUGUUACACAGGUGUCCAGCAUCAUGAGGCUCCUACGAGUGACAAGAUUAUGAUUAAGGCCACAGGUGGUGGGGCAUGUAUGUUCGCCGAUCUUUUCAAAGAAAAGCUGGGAGUUUUUCUGGACAAGGAAGAUGAAAUGGAUUGUCUGGUUGCUGGAGCAAAUUUUCUGCUUAAGGCAGUUCACCAUGAGGCCUUUACAUAUAUGGAUGGUCGGAAGGAAUUUGUGCAGAUUCACCAUGAUGAUUUGUACCCUUAUCUUCUUGUUAAUAUUGGGUCUGGUGUGAGCAUGCUCAAGGUGGAUGGAGAUGGAAAGUUUGAGCGAGUUAGUGGAACAAGUGUCGGUGGCGGAACAUUUUGGGGUUUGGGGAGGCUUUUAACAAGAUGUAAGAGUUUUGACGAGUUGCUAGAAUUAAGUCAUCAGGGAAACAACAGAGUGGUAGACAUGCUUGUAGGUGACAUAUAUGGUGGAACAGACUAUUCAAAGAUUGGUCUUUCAGCGACAGCAAUCGCUUCCAGUUUUGGUAAGGCAAUUUCUAAUGAUAAAGAGCUUGAAGAUUACAAACCUGAAGACAUUGCUCGGUCUCUUUUAAGAAUGAUUUCAAAUAACAUUGGGCAGAUCUCUUAUUUGAAUGCCCUCCGGUUUGGACUCAGGCGGAUAUUUUUCGGAGGCUUUUUUAUUCGGGGUCAGGCUUACACCAUGGACACAAUUUCGGUCGCGGUGAAAUACUGGUCCAAAGGUGAGGCAAAAGCAAUGUUCUUAGAGCAUGAAGGAUUUCUUGGAGCACUGGGUGCAUUCUUGAGCUAUGAAAAGCGGAGUCUCGAUGACUUGAAAGUCCAUCAAUCGGUGCAACUGACCCCAACCUGUACAUCCCCUGUAGGAGAUAAGAAACAUAACCCCCAAACUGGAUGUUUGAACGAGUAUGAAAGUAUACAGUGCAGCAUAUAUGCAGCCUAAGAGCCUUGAGAGCUCGGAUGAAACCCGCUGCAGAAAUUUUUGGGCCGCCUCUGCAAACCCUCAAGUCAGACAAUCUAGAUGUGCUUAACUUGCGUAAUAUAGAUUAUAGAUGAAAGAUUGUAAGACCUGAAAUAGUUUCAGAAUAAAGAGUGAGUUAGACUUAGAUAUUGAGAUCGAGGUCCUGAAGAUGCAUUAUAUGUUGUGAUAAUAAUUGCUAAAUUGUUUACUUAACAUGCAUAUUUGUAAUCUUCUUCAGUAUUUUUUAGUGCAGAACACAUUGUAACUCCAUUAGAUAUGAAUUUGUUUGUUGCUUGUCGCUGAA